AUGGCCGAGCUUCGUCUUGCGUAUCCUGGGCACUUCCAGAAGCUGACCCGCACUGCACUGUUACUCGUCCCCGAAAUCGGAAUAGUUGCUGCCUGCGAGCUACUCAGCCUCAGGAUGCAGUCGAUGCAGAGACAAUUCGGCAAGCUCAUGAACAAGGGCCCCGGGGACAAUGCCAAAAUUGCUGCCGUCUUACACGACUAUGAAGAUGCGGACAAACUGCUAGUCAAGAUUAUCGAGAACACCAAGACUCUCCGUGAAGCAUGGGUCACCAUGGCCACUAGCCAGUGGGCUAUGGUAAAGGAGUACGAGGGCUUGUACGACCCAAUUGUGGGAGCCUCGGAGGGACAUAGCCGCCCCAGUGUCCAAACUCCUCAGCUGCAGCUCGAUCGCACUUUCAAGCUUAGCGGCGCCUACUCUGACCUCAAGGACGAACUGACCGAAGAAGUGACGGCCAUCGAUAAGCAGGUCAUUGGCCCUGCUACCGAGGCCCAUGAGUACAUUCAGCCCCUUCGCAAGACUAUCAAGCAGCGGGAGAACAAGAGGCUGGACUAUGAGAAGGCCCAGGAAAAGGUCAAGAAGCUCCAGAAGAAGCCCGGCAAGACGCCGAAGGAAGAUGCUGCUUUGUCAAAGGCCGAGUUCGAGAUGACUUGCGCGUCCGAGGAGUUCCAAGUUGCCGACGGUCACAUCAGGGAAGCUCUGCCUCCGAUCAUUGAGGCCGUCUUCACUUUGAUUCCUCAUAUUCUGGCCUCCCAUGUUACGAUCCAAAACAGGCUUCUCGGGCUGUAUUACACUGUACUUCACAACUACUGCGAAGAUCACGACUUUCCCUCUCCCCCACCCCCAAUGGACAGCGUGAUAUCAACCUGGGCAGCGUCUUUUGUACCAAUUCAGAAGGAGGUGGAGGCUAUCAGUUGCAUAGCACAUGGCAAGAACUGGAGGCAACCAGUAAGGGUAGGGGACGACGGCCAGGGCCGAAAGACAUCAACAUCGUCACGGAACGGCUUGGGUAGGACGCCUUCUGGCAUGAACGAGGGUGCAACACCGACCCCUCGGACCAUGCGAAUCCCCUCAAACAACGGAGGGAGCCGUCCAUCUAUGGCGAGGGAGCCGUCACCUCAACCUAGCCCGCAGUCGAGUAGCACGAAUGUCUCGCGGUCUCAGCUCGGACUGCCAACCGACUUCACUACCGCCACGUCUCUUGGGAAGACCCAGGGUUCCCCCAACGUGUCGCCAUCAUACUCACGUACCCAGUCCGAAUAUUUUGGUCACCAGUCGGGGCUCGUCCCCGGUCAGGGGAGUCUGGCAGGGAAGAAGAAACCACCACCGCCGCCCCCAGCCAAGCGCUUCAAAGCGCCGGAAGAAUUUGUCGUCGCCCAAUAUGACUUCGCAGGGAGCAACGGAGAUCUGAGUUUCAACGAGGGAGAUAUGAUCAAAAUCAUCAAAAAGACAGACACAGAUCAGGAUUGGUGGGUAGGCGAGAUAGGUGGCGUACGGGGCAGUUUCCCUGCCAACUACUGUAAAGCUGCUUGA